AUGUCAACGACCCUUCCGAACGAAGGUAUCGUGGUCCCUGCACAUUCACGGAUGGUGCCCGAUGUCGAUGAAACGAUCUCACUGCUGGUCUCUCUGGGGUGCAUCACCGUCAUGUCAACCUUAUUCGGCCGCAAGACAGCAGGCACAAAGAUGACCAACAUCAACUAUGCCCGUGGUCUAGUCAUCGCGCUGUACCUGAUCUCGUGGAUGUUCUCCCUCAUGGCCACCCAACUCGUUCAGACCAACGACUACAACAUGGUCUCGUGUAUGAUCUCCAUCUACACCUGCAUUGCGCUCUAUGCAGGGUCAAAGAUCAUCAUCUAUCUUUUUCUUAUGGAGAAGGUUUAUGUUGUCACCGCCGUCGGACUCACACGAUCCAACUUCUGGUUGUACAAGGUUAACCUGAUGCUAUUGAGCCCGUACCUUGUAAUCGUCGCCCUGAUGAUCAUCUUCCGAGUUCACAACAUCAACGCGGAGGGCCAAUGCCACAUCGGUCUCCUCCGCCCAGCCGCCCUCCCCCUCAUCCUCUACGACGUGUUCCUCUCCGUCUGGCUGACCGGCCUCUUCAUCCAACCCCUCAUCAGCUCCAAAUCCAUGCUCCAGGGUCCCUCCAAAGGUCGUCUCCGUGAAGUCGCCCGGAGAACUCUGAUCGGCGCCCUGAUGGCGCUGGUUCUCAGUUCUGCCAACAUUUUUACGUUGGUAUACUUUGAGGGUAACGAGCGUGGGCUCGUGUGUCUGUCCUGCUGCACCGCCGAUGUGACGCUGAAUGCGAUUACUAUCCACUGGGUCACAUCCCGUGGAGCCUUGCAGAUGGACGAGACUGGACAUGGGAAACGAGGUGGCGGUGGUUAUGUCCAUCGCGGCGGUCAUGGUGGUGGUGGCGGAGGAUAUGUCUCGCAACAUUUGAUGUCCUUCUCUGAGAAGCAGGUUGGACCUGUGGAAUCCCAUAUCACUGUCGAAGCCUAUGUGGAUGAAUUCCAUUCAAGUUCCUUCUACAAUAACAAUAAGACCAGUGGUGGAAGUAAUGGUCUCCCAAGUCGUGUCGUCAUUUGA